AUGUCGUCGAGUCCAGCCUCUACGCACUCAUCAACGCCAACUGGUGCUCCCACCGCAUACACCUUUCCCGAUCCGCCCCCGGCUCGUUUCCGACCUCAUGCCAAUUCAGACUCCGCAAGACUAAGUGAGGCUGGACCUGCUUUUGAUAAGCGAUCGGAACGGCGACGGUCAACUCUGUCCGGCUCGGACCGGAAGAGAAGAUUAGUGAAUACCGAGGGGGAUGUUUGGCCGAGGCGUGUGAUAUCAGGUCCGGGGAUGGAGAUCGGCUCCAGCAGCCGAUCAGAGAUGGAUAGCCGGCCUAUCACUCUUUCUUCGUCCUCGCAAACGUCACCAGACGCGACGGGCCCAGGCUCGUCCUAUGCGGACCCCAUCGACCUGUCGUCUUCGCCGCCGAAUCCGAUCAUGCAAAGGCCCAAUAACCGCCGGGAGUCGUGGACUCGCCCCGGGGGCGAUUAUAUGGAGUAUAUUCGCCCUCGAUGGCAGCCCGAUUCAGAGGUCACGAACUGUCCAAUCUGUGGCGUCCAGUUCAGCUUUUGGUAUCGCAAGCAUCAUUGCCGGAAGUGCGGUCGCGUCGUAUGUGCGUCGUGCUCACCACAUCGCAUUACCAUUCCCAGGCAGUUCAUCGUCCACCCUCCCGACCCAAACCGCGCCCCAGCUGCUGCGCUGCUGGGUGCGCGUGCGGGCCAGGUUAUUAACCUAGAUGCCGACGAUGACGCUGCUCAAUCCCCCACGGCGCUGAAUCCCGCCCUAGGAGGCGGCGAAGAAGUGCGUCUUUGCAAUCCAUGUGUCCCGGACCCGAACCCGGAGCCUCCCUGUGGGUAUGGCACUUCAGGGCCGGGGAUGUUGCGAGGGAGCUAUGUUGCGCCCCCAGGCCAAACUCGUCACCGGUCCUACCAUUCAGUGUCGUCAGGUUCACGACCCUCUCACUACACAGGCUCCGACACGUUCUUUCAACGACCGACCCGAAGAACAGUCGGAUCGAACGACUUCCCCGGCUUCGGCGGAUUCGGCGGCUCCUACGGCUCGCGAUUCCAGGAGCGUCCCAUAGACUACGGGUCUUUGUCUGCCUCGCGUUUCGCACCCGCGGCGAGAUCCUCUGUGCGAUCUCUGCCCCCGCUGGCGACGGGUAACGGCGACCCAUUUCCUCCAAUGGGUAGAUCACCCGGCAGACCGGUUGAUCUGGGCCUGGGCAUGAGGCGGCGUCACGUCGAUGAACGUGACUUGUGCCCGAUCUGUGACCGGCGUCUGCCGCCGUUAGGCGAGAAUGGCAGCGAAGAUGACCGUGAGGCGCAUAUUCGGGAUUGUAUCGAAAGCCAUGGUCGUCAGGGACGUUCUCCCUCGCAGCAGUGCAGCCCCGUGGCACUGGCUUCAACCCCGGUCCGUAUGAUUGCCUUCGCCGCCACGGAAAAGGAUUGUCUCGGACAUGACGGUGCGACGCAGGAGUGUACGAUUUGCAUGGAGGAUUACGAGGUUGGUCAGCCGUUGGUCCGUCUGGAGUGUCUUUGCAAGUUCCACAAACGUUGCAUCGUAGAGUGGUUUGAGCGGAAGAAGGAGUGUCCUGUUCACAAGGUAUCUUGA